AUGCGUGGCGGCCGCUGCCGCCGCACAAUUCCCCGUUUCCAGCUGGGGCGUCGCCACGCGGCCACGUCCUCUGGCGGGACGCGUGACCGCGCCGGACCGCAGGGGUCGAGCAGCGAACUGAACACUCUUCUUAGGGAGAUCAAUGACUUGUGGGCGCGGCGUGGUGUUGGGGGGCAUACGCUUUCUGUUUCCGCAUCGAAGUUGCAACCGGCAUCGGCAUCGGCCGUGGCAGAAGGGAGUUAUAUUCCACCACAUGAGAGCCCCACCUUCCCGGCAACAGGCACGCAUCCACCACUGGGCUCUCUGGCAAUAGGAGAGCCACCAGCAUUCACGGACAUCGCCUGCACUUUGCAGGAACUAGAGGAGGAGCUGUUUAAGCUGUCGGAAAAUGAGCCAGCGGUGAGUGUGCCUCGGAACAGUGCAGACACUGACCGACGGCAGGCAGCGGAUGCGUCUGACGACCGCGACACGAAUGCUGCUCCCUCAGUGGGGUGUUCUCAGGACCCACAGCCUGAGACGACGGGUGUUGCGGCAAUGGAAUCCCCCGCUGGAUCUGCUGCGUCUGAGGCCGUCCGUCACUAUGAGCGGCUCUCUUGUUGGACGGAUGCUGGGGAAGCUCCGGCCUCAAAUAACUCCGUUACAGUGCACGUUUCGGAAUCUGCUGGUCGUACGUUUACUUUGGAGCUUCGUGAGCGACCGAGGUGCGCACGCGCCAUGACGGUUGCGGUCGGCCAGGCCUUGAAUGAAGUGGAAGCUGCGACGGAACUAAAUGAGGGCCUUGUUGUUGUAUUCCGGUCAGCGCCCGGUAUCCCUUUCUUUACCCCGCUGCGCUCAGAACUAGAACUGGGCUAUUUGACUCGUGCAGAGUUGCUAAGAGAAAAGGAAAGACUCUUUUGCCGUAUUCGAGAGGCCAGACUUCGUGGGGUGUCGUUUAGGGCAGAAUUGAAUGGAUCUGCACUUGAUAUUGGAGCAGAGUUGUUUUUCAUGUGUGAUGGAGGGACCGUAUCGGAGUCGGAAGUCUCUACUAGUGCAACAACGGUUGGAUUUCCUUCACUCAGCCUUGGAGUCUGGCCGGCGCCGUGCGUGCUACAGCGCAUAUCCAGUCGCCUGAGCCACGACGAGAGGGUUGGGCUGGUGGUUCCCAUCCUGCACACUCUUUCAUGGAGUGAUUUGAAGGCGACUUAUCCAGGCCUUCUACGGCCUGAGCGUAGCUUGCACAGGUUGAGGAAAAAGAUGCAUCUGCUUUUCUUCUUGCAAUGGACUCGUCUUUGGUAUUUGCUUGGAUGGGGCAAGGAGUUCUCUGCUACAGGGAACCGCAGGGAUGUUUUGAUGCGGCGCUGGGACGAUUACUCUGCCUUGUUGGAUACCACUAAGGGCGCGGGUGACGCAGAUGCUGCUCUUUCGGCCGCCUCCCGAGCUGUCAACAUGUACGUGGCACUCCUGGGAACAACUGAGUUUACCAACGCCGCUUCAGUGACUAGGGCGCUUCGUCGUAUGCACAAUCGCGUUUUAACUCCACGCAUGCAGAGAAGCAUCAUCGAAGCGCAGCCAACUAAUAUGCGCGACAUCAAGGCGGGAGAGACAUUUUGUGUCUUUACCGAGGCUUCUUCGCCUGCAACAGUUCGUUUUAUUGCGGAGCAUCGCAGUCACAGUGGAAAAGACGUAGUCAAAGAUGCUUUGCUGAUGGCACGUGACGCGGAGGACGUCAAGGAUGCAGUCGAUUUGUUGGACUGCGCUGCGGUUGUUACUCCUCUUCGUCCGUCGCAAUUGCGCUCGCUGGGCGAAGGCGAUAUGGUGGAGGUUCGGCUUCUCUGCGCCCCACAUAUUGGCGGAAGUCGGCGGCGGGAGACACUCUCCUCUGCCUUGGCGUAUCUGCAGUCCAGGGAGGUGCCGUACGUCGUCAGCAAGGGGGAUGCUGGUGGUCGCCUUGCGGCAGCCCUUUUUGUCGCGUUGUGCAGACUGGCCACAUCUGCAGAGGUGCAGCUCAUUGAGGACGUCGCAACGGCGGAAUUGCGUUUUCGCGUCGGCCCGUUUCAGCUGCUUGACCAUUACGGCACGGCGUACAUUGCAGGCGUGAUGGAACGACAUCCGCGUUGGAUGGAUGAGCGGCGAGUCCCCGCCAUAACGAGCCGCGUGUUGUCGGCAAUGGAGGCGGAGGGGUUUGCUGGUGGGGAUGGCCGUCGCGGAGGAUUUUACACCCCUCACGGGGAACUCAAUGCGGAGGUUGCAACAGAGUUUGUGGGGCGAAGGAAACUGUCACGGAGCGAUAUUUGCCUGCGGCUUUUGUUUGCUCUCGUGAAUGAAAGUUGUAGCAUGCUGCUGGAUGGGUGCGUGGAAACGGUGGAUGACAUUAAUCUUCUCUCCAUUGCCGCCCUGACGUUGCAUCCGUCCACGGGCGGUCUUCUCUCAUAUUUGGACGGCGGGAUGGGGGGAGUUGCACUGCUGCGUAACAUGCAUUACAUGUCAAAGGAAAUGGGCGUCGCCGCCCCGCCCUCCCCGCUACUGCAGGUAAUGUCGGAGGCGGGUGAUACGUUUUGCACACUCUCCCCGGAGACGUUGUACCAGGCGCGACGAAAAUGUGCGGGGGCCACUUGA